GAUCCGGCUGCUUGUAUAUGCACUUGAAAAAAAAUCGAGGACAUGGGGGUUUCAUUCGGAUUUGACUGCGAGGUGUUCUUGAGCUUUAGAGGACCGGAUACUCGAGCAGGUUUUAUCGACUUCCUUUAUGUCAGCCUGAAUGAAGCGGGAAUCCGUGCGUGCAGAGACGACGAAGAGCUGCGCAUAGGGGAAGAGAUUGGCCCGGAGCUCCUCCACGCAAUCAAGCAGUCAAGAAUCUCCAUACCCAUCUUCUCAAAACGGUAUGCCUCUAGCACAUGGUGCCUGAUGGAGUUGGUCCAGAUGGUGGAGUGCAAGAAAAACAUGGGACAGAAGAUCAUGCCCAUUUUCUACGAUGUGGAACCUUACGAGGUUCGGUCCCAAACAGGCGGGUGUGGACAGGCCUUCAUUGAGCAUGAAAGCAAGAGGCGUUAUAGUGAUGGAACUAUUACCGAGUGGAAGGCCGCUCUUAGUGAAGUCGGGGCACUAAAGGGAUGGGACCUCCAAACCAUGCCCAACAGGUGAUUAUUUUUCGAAGAUU